ACGCCCACGACCCCUCCGCUGCUGCCCUCGAAUAUUCGUCAAAAUGGUUAGCUGGGAUCCUAAGGUUCGCCGUGGUCACCCCAUUUUGCUGGGUCUCAUUGUCCUCUUUGCUAUCAUUGAGCUGUCCAUUUCGGCGUGGCUCGUCUCGCGCUACAACGCGCACCAUAACUUCCAGAGCUUAGGCGAACGCGACCGCACUCGCUUCCUCCUAUUCACCUCUACUUGGACAAUAGUCUUCUCAGCGCUUUACGCUUUACUGUUCUUCCAGUCCCCGGGCGGCUCCUUCCUCACCAGUGUCGGCAGUCAUGCAAUCUUCAUGUUCAUAACCUGGGUAUUCUGGCUUUCUGGCGCUGCUGCGAUUACCGCCUCGCUUAAUGGAGGCCUCAACUGCGGCCACCACUUUUAUACGUACUGUGGUCAGCGCAACUCGCUGGAAGCAUUCGCCUGGAUUGAACUCGUAUUAACCACAUUUGCCCUCGCGGUCAUCAUGCUGCGCGGUAUCGCGGCUUCUCGACGCGGGGAUGGCAUCAAAGGCUCCCUCGUUUCCUGAUCACAAGUUUCAGUCACCACCUGAUCCACGCUUGCUCAUUUUGUUCUGUUAGCCCUGUCUGUACCUCUCUACGUCCCCCUUUGUUUGUACUGUACUAUGGUUUGUAAUUUGGUGUGUGCAGUCACACCUACGUUCAUCUUAUAUACACUUGCUUGAUCUUGUCCAUGAAUUCACAGUGCUCUACAGGACACAAUUGCUAUAAGCAGUGAACAAACAAGCAUCGUGGUCUACCCGGAAGUUAAUAUCACUGCGUUCGCAAUGCGCGUGCCUGCGCUUCUUCCACAUAGCCCAUGCUGCUACGAACCCCGACCAAAAGAUCGGAAUCGAGAACACGAAAACAGGAAAAGAACAAAACAUAACGAGGAAUCUGACCCAGAGCGAGUCAAGCAUCAGAGGCAUGUUCUGCCGGUAGAGGAACGCCGCAGCAAGCCAUAGCCCGAGGGUAAGCGAGAUGACGAAAACCUUGCGGAUGCUUAAAGCACCGUCGUCACCCAUGUUAGCUCUCCCCCUGGUACCUCUGUGACCAUCGACAACCGGGGGCGGAAGACCGCCUUUGGCGACUUUAGGGGAGUGAUGCAUGUGGAUGGGAGGACGUGUUAGACGCGACUAUCGCGC